AUGAUUUUCUGCAAGACGAAGGAGCACAUCGCAAGUAUCAAGAACUCAUUGAUGGAAGAUUUCAGCAUUAAAGAUCUUGGAGAUCUCAAGUACUGCCUCGGGAUCGAGAUUCAUCGCAAGCGCGAAGAUGGAACGAUCAAGAUGAACCAGAAGGCGUACAUCAAGCGACUUUCGGAGAAGUUCGGCGUUGAGAACUGCAAGGACAUGCACACGCCGGCCGGACAGUAA